AUGAAUAACCCCGCCCUGCCGCCGUAUGCUUCCCAGAGUCCAGGGCCAUACGCUUUCACCAGUCCACAGCCGGGAGCGCACUUUUCCAUCUCCGCUGGCCCCCCUUUCGAUGCUGCCCAGGCUCCAUUCCAACCGGGUAUGAUAUCAAACCACAUGCAACGGCCCUCCCACCCUCAGCAAACCCAGCAGCCGAUCCCUCAGCAUCUCUAUCAACAACAUCCAGGACAGGUUGGUGCUUUUUCGCGACCAGAGAACCGUUCCAACUUCGGUCCACCAAACAAAGGCUCGUCACAACACCCCAACCUUUCAUGCGACCCAGCGCGGGUUUUAUGGCGGUAUACAAGGGCUAACCCACCAGCAGGCACUCCCUCGGACGGUCGACCUCAUAUUCCAGUGACCCAAGGAACAAAUCAGACCUUUCAUCCCCACCAGACCCAGAUCUCCGCGAGUGCCCCUCCACCGCUCCCUGCUUCGUCUGCACCGACCGAAGGGAAUAUGGCUGCCAAUAUAGGACUUCAAGGGCAGCAGCCCAAUGCCAGUCUAGCGCAACAAGCACAAAUUCAGAAUGCGGCGCAAAUGGCGCGGCCUGCUCCUCAGCAGCAACAACAAGGCGGGCCGCAGUUGUCGCCACAAUCGGCCGCACGAGAGCGAGCGCGGGUAUCGGUUUUGUUGGAGAUCAAUGCACAUUUGCUGCAAGAGGUUGUAUCGUUACAAGCCCAGGGAAAGGCCGGUCCUCCGCCGAAUCAAGGCCAACAAUCCCCUACGUCCCCGACUUCGGCGACAGAUCCAAGCAAUGCAUUGAACAACAGUCCUGGCGAGCCGGCCAAAUCUGCAACUGGCACGGGGACAACACCAUCUAAGCCACCUUCACAAGAAUACGCCGAUUGCAUGCGCCGUUUACAAGCCAAUCUCUCGUACUUGGCCGCCAUCGCAGAUGCGAAAAAGAAGGUCACUGGAGCAUUGCCCACGGGGCCAGCAAUUUUGGUUCCGCCUCCCCAUUUACCUCAAGUUCAUGAUCUAUAUAAAAAACUGAAUGCGCUGUUUCCGGAAGCGGGCCAGUCAGCCAUCAAUAAAGCAAUGGCGCAUGCUGCUCAGUCUCAAAAUCAGAACACGAGUGCAAAAACCCAGCGGCCUGUCUCGGUUCCAGCUCAGGGCUGA